AUUGAACCAUCCCUAGUCCAAGGAAGUAUUGGGGUGUUUGGAAAUGUUCGAUAUUUGCGUAGAAAUUUUUAAAGUCAAACGAAAAACAAUGUAUUAAAGUCUUAGUUAAUUAAUGCAAAACUAGUGGCAAUUAAUCAGUUCGAUCGUGUGCCCCAAACGCAACAAAUGCAUUGGCAUUAACUGGCGCCAGCCAAGUGUUCGCCCAAAAACCAAAGAGAACGACCGAAAGAAAAAGAGACUCCGAAGAUGUGUCUAUACUACGGCCUAAAUGAAUGAAAUGUGAAAUGUGUGUGUAUAUGUAGGCGAAGGCGACCAAGGCGAUACCAGCUAACUGUGCAUACGUAUGUGUGCGUGUGUGUAUAUGUAUGUGCGUGUGCGUGUGCGCUAGUAUGUGUAUGCGUAUUCGCCUGACGCUGCAUGUGUGUGUGUGUGCUGCACACUGAAAGAAUCAAUAAAGGAUGUGCUGUGGAUUUUUGCAAUACCAGCAGCAGCAGCAGCAGCGAAAACCAACAAAAGACCAAUUAAAACGACAACAAUAAAGAACAACGGCGACAACAGCAACAACAACAACUAGCAAAUUAUCGAAAUUUUUUAACCAAUCCCCUAUCCUGCGCCGACCCGCCCCCCCCACCCCCACACACACACACCCCCUGGCCCUGUGGCAUGUAAAAUUGUAACGGUAAAUGUUGGUUGCAAAAUUCAAACUGUAAAAUGUGUAGCAAUUGUGAACUGUAACUGUAACUGAUAGACGAAGACGAACUGCAAAACAGUGUGUACACAAAUUCAAGUGAAAAUUUAAUACAAAAGCUGUCACACACAAAAGUCAAUCAGUCAAUCAAUCAAUCGAUCAAUCGAUCAAUCAAUCAAUCAAUCAGUAAACAAACGGGCGCAGGCGUCAUUCAGCUCACACCAUGAAGUGCUGCGUAAUAAUUAGCUGGCUAAUGCUGCUGUCAGUUGCACAGCACAUUGGCAGCGUUGAGGUGCACUUCGAGGCCCCGGACAGCGGCUUCUUCCUGAAGCACGCGCGUCAACCACCUGUAACGCCGGAGAUCGCCAAUGUGCAGACCUCGUCCUCGGUGCCGCCGACGCGGAGCCGCACCUCGUACGACUCGGUUCUCUCGCUGGACCGCUUCACCGUGGUGGAGACCACACAGCCCGUCUCCAUACGCGCCAGCUACGGCCCGUUCUCGACAAAGCAAACGGUGCCCGCGCGCUACAUUGUGCCGGACACCAUGGACACCAACCAGGCGGGCGACUAUGUGAACAACUCGACGGCCACGCUGCUGGAGCUGCAGCAGCCGAAUAUGCAUCUGGACAUCUCGGCGCAUCUGGUGCGCGGCAGUGUCUCGCAAGACUCGCCCGUGCUGCGCGUGCUCUUUCACGCCGGCGCCGAUCCCGGCGGCCAUUUGCAGCGACAAAAGGUCUGCGUGCUCCUGCACGUCGCCAUGGCCAAUGAACAACCCCUUAAAGGACGCUGCAUGCCCGAGGGCGAGGAUGGAGUCUGUGUGGCCGAGGUGGUCAUCCCGCUCAGCUGGUGGCCAGCGCUGCCCGCGCCUCGCCACAGCCGCGAGAGCAGCGGCAGCAACGGCGGCGGCGGCGCUCCCGGACAGCCGCCCAAGGUGCCGCAACGCUAUGCGCAGGUCUCGUACAGCGUCUUCGAGCCGCCGGUGCGCAAUCCGGAGCAAUGCGAACCGAAGGUGCAGAUCCAACCGUUGACGACAUUCGCCCAGGUGCCGCUGCUGGCCGCCAAGACGGCGUUCAAGGAGCUGCGCGCCGAUGAUUCGGUCACGUUCCUGCUGCCCCAGCAUCCGCUAUAUCCCUUGUCCAAGCUGCAUGUGCCCGUCUAUCUGCAUCAGUAUGCGGAUGAGGAGCAGCGCGUGGCCGCGUUUACGGUCCGCGCACGCGUCAAGGCCGGGCUGCGCAUUAUGGGCGCCAGUGCCUCCAGCGAUCAGUGGAGCGUUAGCAUUGAGAAGGAGAAUCCCAAGCAUACGACGGCUCGUGUAACCGCUUUCCGCAAGGAAUCCUCCGACUCCUCCCCCUCCUCCGCCUCCGCCACCGCCGGCAGCACGGAGAGCAGAGGCAACUUUACCAGCAGCGGUGCCAGCAACGAGGUGUACGAGGUCUUUUCCUGGCUGCUGGAGGUGGCCGACGAUCCCAACGACAUUCUGGAUGGGGGCAAGAUCGUCUGGUCUGUCACCCAUGUCUAUGACACGCCCAAGGACAAGGACUCCUCGGAGCUGAUUGCUACGGACGAUACCAAGAAGCGUCUGAUUGCCAAGCUGGAGAUCAACAAGGACGACAUUCAGGCGGUGCUGCCCAUGGCCAAGAUCUGGGAGGUGAUGAACACGGCGGUUCUCACUGGCCGUCAGGUGGCCCAGGCCAUGAAGGUCUUCAUUGUCUCGCAGGCGGGCAAAGUGGCCGAUGUCACCCUGCAGAGCUCCUGCCAUGCCGAGGACGAGAGCGUCAUCAAGGUUUCCUCGUCGUGCAGCUCCGUUUAUGUGGAUGGCUCCGAGCAGCGGGGCUCGUCCAAUGCUUCGGUCAUUGUCAAGUAUGGCACCUAUGUGGGCUUGGCCAAGUUCAUUGUCUGGAUGCCCGAAUUCCCGCUCGAAGUUUACAUAUCCGACUUUCGUCUAUCCCAAAUUAAGGGCUGGAAAGUAACCGACGACAAUCACUAUCUACACAACAAACAAUCCAGACGCCGCAAGAAGCGCUCGUAUAUGUGGAACCCGAAGGGCAGCAGCUACUACAACAAUGUCGGCGCCGAGAAGACCAUCUGUCGCGCUCGCUAUCAGCAGAGUCCCGUCGAGGUGUACGCCAAAUUCCUGGCCAUCGAUCAGAACUCCGGACGCAUUAGCUACUUCAUCUCACGGCGCACGGGACUGCGCGUCACGGACUUGGUGCAGCCGCUGCUGCGCGUGGCAGAUCCAAAGAUCGCCUCGCUCAAGGGCCGCAUACUGCAGGGCAAGUCCAUGGGACGCACCGAUGUCCAGGUGCUCUCGCCGAUCACGGGCCGUGUCAUUGGCACCAAGGAGAUACGCGUCGGCAGCGACAAGGUGAAUCUCUCCAAGCUGAUUGUGCGCGUCAUAUCCGGCCUGCAGCUGACCAUAACGCCGGAGAAUGCCAUCGAGAACGGCUACCUGGCCGAGACAUCCGUCACGCACAAGCUGACGGCACAGUAUCAGGAGGGUCUGCUCGACAUCGACCUGGAGUUCAACGAUGGCUCCAAGACGCCGCUGCGCGACAUUGCGGUGGAGGACUAUUUCCUGCUGGUGGAGAGCCUGGACACGGAGGUGGUCGCCUUUGCGCCGAUGCUGGCCUCGCAUCAUCCGCGCGUCAUCGCCGUCGGCGAGGGCAAUGGCAAUUUGCUGCGCGUCACUUUGCUGCUGUCGGAGGAAUGUCGCAUGCGACGCGGGCCUGGCGCCGGCUCCUCCUCCUCCUCGUCGUCGUCGUCGUCGUCGGGCAGCUCGUCGAAGCCGAACAAGCCGAAUGCAGCGCCGCUGGCCAGCGCCCUGGCCUCCAUUGAGGUGGACUUCAACAAUGUGGACAUUGUCAGCAAACAGGAGUCGAUACAGAACGACGGCACGGUCGGACGCGAGCGCAAAAACUAUCGCAACACCGGCGACCUGGCGGACAUCAUAGUUGGCAUACCGCUGCGCGACUCCAGCCAACAGUACGAGCCGACGGUGCAGGCGCGCCAGCAUCGGGCCAGCAUUCAGGCGGUGCACAAGCAGCACUACGGCAGCCGGGCGGGCGGCAUUGGCAGCGGCAACAUGUCCUCCAUGGAGCUGGGCAUGUACGUUCUGCUGACGGCCUUCUGCUUUGCCAUCAUUGUGUUUGUCAUCUCGUGCGUCGUCUACGCCUCCAAGUUCCGCCCGGCCAUGAUUGAGUCUGGCCUCGAUCCGCUCUCCGGCGCUGGCAAGGGCAACGGCAACGGUGGCGCUGGCGGCGGCGGCGGCGGCUUUCGCGAUGUGCGCCUCAAGGAGUCCACCACCAAUGCCCACGACUGGGUCUGGCUGGGACGCUCCACCAUUGACAGGCAGUCUAUCGCCGUCAACGACACCAACAAUGCCCAGCAGCCGCAGCCGCAGCAGCAGCACGUCAAUGCGCGCGGUAAGCUCUCGAUAGAUGCAGCCAAUCCUCAGCAGAAUUGUAACAAUGCUUUGCCGCUGGCAGAUUCCCGCAUGCGCAUCACCAGCAACCCGAUCAUCAACUACGACAACGGACGGCGAGUCAGCUCCUUUGACCAGCAGCAGCAGCAGCAGCCCCCCAAGCUCCAAACGCACAUUGUGCCCGCCUCCAAUCUGAACAAGGUCCACACCGAACACUAUCUGCCUGGCAAUGAGCGCAAGGAUGCCGUCGCUCCGGAGUACAAGCCGCCGGUGCCGCCGCACCGCAACGUGGGCACACGCGCCCUGUUGCCGCCCCAGCUGCCACAGUCGUCGGCGCCCGUCAAGGACAAGGAGAUGAUUAACAAGCGUCACAGCCAGCAAUACAAGCGCGAGCCGCUGCACAGCGACAACAACAAUGCGACGCAGCAGCCACAGCCGGAACGUCAGCAUCAGCGCAGUCACAGCCAUAGCCACAAUUUUAUACAGGAGCCAGCGCUGCGCUUGGCACACAUGAAACUCAAGCAACAUCAGCAGCAACUGCAGCAGCAGCAACAACAGCAACAACAGCAGCAGCAGCAGCAGCAGCAACUACAGCACGAGGAGCUGCACAAUGCCGAGAAGCUGGUGGAGUACACAAAUCCGCAUCAGAAGAAUGCAUUUCAAUUCGAUUCGCUGACACCAAAGAGAGUAACCAAAGCAGCAGCAGCCGCAGCAGCAGCAGCAGCAGCAGCAGCAUCGCCAGCCAUAACACAAAUCAAGGAGAAUCAUAACCACAGCAUUUUGAGCACCGUUGCGGAUGCGGCCAAUUCGAAUGCCACUGAUGAGCUUGCCCGUCUGCCGACACCGCCGGGACAUGGCCACGCCCACACAGCGGCGAUUAGCAGCGAGCCAACAACAAAAUCAUCGCGCAUCAAGCGAGCCACAGUUGUCGGCAAUCCCAUGUUCUCGGCCACCGUUGACGAUACGCUGCCACCUGGCGAGCGUCUGGGCCUGGAUGAUCUCGACAUGGACUACGAACAGAUCAUGCACUAUUUCGAUAAUCUAAAGGAGUCAAAUGCCUGAGUACAAGAGAUCAUUGCUAAAAUUCGCGAGAUAUUGUCAACAUUUCAUCAACGAUAUCACAAUGUCGUUACGCCCCUAACAACGCCCACGCGCAAGCACAUCCAAAUGCUAGACGAGCUCGUCGCCGUUGGAGUCGAGGCUGGAGCUGAAGUUGGAGUUGGAGUUGGAGUUGGAGACGGAGACAACGAGGCGGCGGUGCCUGAGCAUUGUCUUAAGCAGCAGCAGCAGCAAAAGUUUCAAAUUCCAAGCAAAUGCAACUAAAGGGUAACUAGUACACACACGCACACUCGCACACACACACACACACACACAACAAGAAACGCAAUUCUAGCAAUCCAAAACCUAAAAGAAUACUCAACACAAAAAUCGUACCCAGAGUUAAACGCGACGCUGAAAACAAGAAAUAUUUAUUGCCUAGACCUUAAGUGCAUACCAUAUAAAAAGCAUAAAACUAUAUAUAUAUAUAUACUUAGGCGAUAUCGUACAUAUAUAUAUAUAUAUAUAUAUAUAUAUACAAUUUGUUCAAGUGUCGCAAGCCCCCCUCCCCUCCCCUCCCGCACACCCGCAGCCCAAUCAAUGCCAGCACAAGUGGGCAAAUGUUUGUUAAUUGCGUACAUUUAGGCUUAAGAAUUUAUAUAUACAUAUACAGAUACAUAUAUACAUGCACAUAUAUAUAUAUAUAUAUAUAUGUGUGUGUGUGAGAGCAUCAAAGCAUAGCUUGUCGCGAAUUGCUUCCCAAUUCUUCGGCUUGGGCGCUUGCAAUCAUUCACCCCAACUAUUCAAAGGGGAAAACACGUAAUUAAGUAUAUGAACAAUUUAAACUAGUAGCAACAAUUGUGCCCCCCCCUUCCUCUCUCUG